AUGGGCGACGUCGCCGUGGCAGCGGGCGGGCUCUCCUCCCCGCCGACCCCGCCGCCGCCGGAGCUGGGCAUGGUGGCGCGCGCCGUGGAGCGGCUCGUGGCGCGGAACGACGCGCUGCUGCUGCUGGACGCGGAGCAGGGCGGCGGCGAGGGGAUCACCGGGAUGGCGGCGUUCGAGGGCACGGGCCCGCCGCGGAUCGGCGUGGCGCAGUACCUGGAGCGGGUGCACCGGUACGCGGCGCUGGAGCCCGAGUGCUACGUGGUGGCCUACGCGUACGUGGACCGGGCCGCGCACCGCCGCCCCGCGGCCGCCGUCGCGUCCAAGAACGUGCACCGGCUGCUCCUCGCAUGCCUCCUCGUCGCCUCCAAGGUCCUGGACGACUUCCACCACGACAACGCCUUCUUCGCGCGCGUGGGCGGAGUGAGCAACGCGGAGAUGAACAAGCUGGAGCUGGAGCUCCUCGGCGUGCUCGACUUCGAGGUCAUGCUCAGCCGCCGCCUCUACGACCUCUACCGCGCGCACCUCCACAAGCAGCAGGCCGACGGCCACCACGACACGUCCAUCAAGCCGGAUCAGGAGCCCUCGAGGGUCGACGGCGGCGAGGAGGACCACGACGAUGACCGGAUAACGCGGCUGCCGGAAGGCGUCUUGCGGUACGACUGGAGCCAGCAGGCGCCGGCGGCGAACGGCGGGCGGCGACACUCGUCGUCGCAGGCACCGUCGCGGUACUCCUAG